GAUGUGGACGGGAGCAGACAUGACAGCGGUGGGAGAACUGGUGCUGGUACUGGGCUUACUGGUGAGCGCUCGCUGUGAGGUGAGAGCACGAGACCCCGAGGUGGAGGAGGAGGAGGAGGAGCUGGGAGGAAGCAGCAGCAGGAGGAGGAGGAGGAGGAGGAGCGCUGUUCCCCUCCCACCUCGAGAGGCUUCACCCCAGGGUGACAGAGACCCCCCCGCCGGGCGAGAGAGGGAACUACCCAGCCCGAACCGGGAACUGGUGUGCGUUCGUGCAUAAGCGUGUGGUUACCAUGGCGAUGGCGUGCGGAACAGAGAAGUACACCAUCAAGUCUCAGAGUCCGUGUCCCAGCGGGACGCCCGACUGUCAGCUGGUCAUGUACAAGCUGUCCACCCGGCCGAUCUACAGGCAGAAGCAGCAGGUCUUCACCGCUCUGCUGUGGCGCUGCUGUCCAGGACACGGAGGAGACAACUGUGAGGACACAGUCUCGGACGCACAGCCGGAUUCUGGAAGCUCGGCUCUGAUUGGAGGAUCCGAAACGGCGAGAACGGAGCUCCGCGCUCCAGACGUCCAGCUGGAGCGAGGCGACCCCAACCGCGAACAGAACGACCACCAGGCGUCCGUCAGCGCGCUGCACGACACCGGCUACCCGGACAACCAGCACAACGCCACGCACCCCGCCCUGGACCCGGGCCACGCCCACAACCCCCAUCACACGUCACACCACCAUCACGACCACCGGCAGCAGGAACACCACCUUCCUGUUGUAGAUGAGGUGGAUGUGGCCGCCCUCCCGUACCUAGAAGCCCCCGCCGCCCUCCCCGUUCCCCACAUGAUGGCCCUGGUCAUGUCCCAGCUGCAGCCGGUCCUGGAGGGCUUCAACCGCUCACUGGAGCACCUGAGCCGGCAGGUAGGGGACCUGGCCCGUGACGUGGCCCAGCUGAAGAGCAGCCAGCUGGGGACGGAGCUGCAGGCGGGGCCCCGGGACGGCACCGAGCUUGACGAGGCAACGGAGGAGCGCUUGGACGCCAAACUGGAUGAGGUGUUUCAGCACGUCAGGGAGGUCCGGAGGCAGAUGGAGAGCCAGCGGACAGACGUGGAGAACAGGCUGCACUCCCAGCAUGCAAUGCUGCACUACAACCUCACCAGCUUUAAGACGGACAUUGACAUGAAGCUGAAACGCCACCAGAAGAUGCUGCAGGUCAGCCUGCAGGCCAUGAACGCCACGCUGGCUGAGCUGAGGCUGGACCAGGAUCAGACCACAGAGGAUCACCUGGAGGAGCACCUGCCCCCCCCCCGCCCGCCGCAGCCCUCGGACACCUCUGCGCUGUGGGAGGCCAUCGAACGCCUGGACGACAUGGUGGUCAACAACACAGUGAAGGUCGCUGGGCUGCUGGAGGACGUGGAGGUGACCUCGGGGGACGUCCAGCAGCUGAGGCGGGACGUUAAGGAGCUGGAUAAGCAGAUCAACCAGACGGCCCGGACCAGUCAGAUCCAGUUCAUGGAGACGGGGCUGGAGGUGGAGGCGGCGAGGGAGGCGGUGCUGAGGCAGGUGGGCGAGCUGGCGGGGAACCUGAGUCAGCAGGACGAGCGGCUGCAGGAGAUGGACGUGGACGUGGACUACGUGUACUCCGUCCUCUACAAGCACAACUCGUCUGGAGACUGCGACUGCAAGGGGCUGAAGGCCGCCGUGGCUCGACUGGAGAGGGGCGUGGCCAACGUGACGGAGCUGGCCAAUGAGAACCGGUUAGCCCUGGACGAUACCAGCGAGGUGGGGGCCAGCGACUGGGAGCCGGCGGUGGAGGCGCUCCAGCGUGGCCUCCAGCAGGUGAAGGAGUCUCUGACCUCGGAGCAGACCAGGACCAGUACUCUGGACCACAGCCUGUCCCAGCUGAGCAGCUCGGUGACGGUCGGUCUGGCUGAGGUCUCCGGUCUGAAGGAGACCGACAGGAAGCUGCUGGAGGAGAUGCAGCACCUGUCCGGCUCCUUCGCCUCUCUUCUGAACGACGCCAUCCGACACAGCGACGUGCUGGAGCUGCUGCUGGGGGAGGAGGUGCUGGAGUUCCUGGAGUGGCCCGUCCAGGACCAGGAGGCCCACUCCAUCCCGGCCCUGCAGGAGCAGCUGAGGCACCUGCAGGAGCAGCUGCGAGGACACAACCUGAGCAUCACCUCCCUGCUGGGCAACAGGCCGGGAGGCCGAGAGGAGGUACCGUCUGCUGACCAGCCCUCCUCGCACCUCCUCCCUGACGACUGGCCCCCGGCUGGCAGCGCGAGGAGGAGCAGCGGUAGAGUUCCAGCCCGGGAGCGUCAGCUGCUCCUCCACCCCGAGGGGAGGCGCCCGGAGCACGGAGGAGACGGCAGCGACCUGUGGAACCUGGAGAAACUCGUGGAGGAGCUGGGGCUGAAGGUGCUCCGGCUGGAGGAGAAACACUGCAACGCUUCUGCUGCGAGAGAGGCCAAACUGCAGGCGGAGGUGACGUGGCUGAAGAGAGGGCUGGAGGAGCAUCUCAGGGUGUUCAAGAACGUCUUCAGUAAUGCUGACGUGCUGGCGGGAUCCGACGCCACGCUGGAGCUCGAUAAACUGUGGCAGCUGCUGAAGAACAAAGAGAAGAAGAGAGGAGGAGGGAACCAUCGCAGCAGGAGGGAUUCAUCAGGUGGAGGUGUUGUUCCUGUCCCGUCCAGCCUAUCAGAGGACUCUCUGCUGGUUGCGGCUGGAUCUCCUCUAAGCAUCUCGAAAGGCGUCAUCGUGUUGGAAGCAUCUCUGAACCGGGGUCAGUUUUACUCCAACGCCGGCACCUUCACAGCUCCGGCGAGCGGGAUCUACCUGUUCGUCCUCACCUUGGACCUGAGGCCGGGCCCCGCCCACGUAGUCCUGAGGAGGGGGUCGGGUGGGGCUCUGGUGUCUCUACACCGACAGGAGGUGACGGAGGCAGGGCCGGUCUCCGGCGUGGGCCUCGUACUGCUGAGCGAGGGGGAGGAGGUGAGGCUGGAACUGAAGGCAGGAGCGUGGGCGGAGUCAGAGGACAACGUGUUCACCGUACUGCUGCUCCACCGGACCACCUGAGGGCGCUGUGGACCAAUCAGCUGACGGCUGGAGAAAAGACACUGAUCAGAGACUCUGGGAGGGGCGGAGUCACCGAGGCCACAGUCAGAAUUUGUUUUGAAACACAUUCGAAAUGAGAAUUUAACAUUUUCUGAAUUCCAGCUGGUGGAGGUUUUAUUCCAAAGCACCUUACAGUAUCAUUAAUAUUUAACUUGUGUUGGGUUCAGAGGGAAUCAAACCCUCAAACCACCAGUCAGUUCUGAUAAAUCUGCGGGCUGCAGAUUAGAGUUUGAGCUCCACAAACGUCUCAAGCUGAAAUCUUGACCUCCGGCUAGAAGAUGUCUGGAGGAAAUUUCAAAAACAAGCAAACUAAGAUGAAACUGAUCUUCCUACUCGCGUUAACUUCAAGUGAAGCCCCAAAUUAAAGCAUGUGUUUCCUUGUUUCAGUACAGAGCUGGAGUCAGGAUGUUAUUAGCCUAGCUUAGCAUAAAGACUAGAAGCAGGCAGAAACAGCUAGCCUGGUUCUGUCCAAAGUUCAGAAACACACUAAUCAACACCUCUAAAGCUCACCUGUUAACACGCUGUAUCUCAUUUGUACACUAACAGAAAUGUAAAGACCGCAAUUUGUGGUUUUAGUGGGAGUUACUGUACGUGCUGGAACUAUUUCUUGACAAACAACAAUGUAUCCAUCCGCCUAGUACUUCUGUGCAGUGGCUCUGAUCACUGACCGUAUUUUGCAACCCGUGUUGUAGCCGCAGGUUUUAGUUUUCAAUCACGUGGCAUCCCCUAAAACCACAAUUUUACAUUUCUGUUUGGACAGAGCCAGGCUAGCUGUUUCCCCCUGCUUCCAGUAUUUAUGCUAAGCUAAGCUAAGCACGUCCUGACUCCAGCUCCAAAAACCCAAAAAACAAUGACGUUAUUUACUGUCUGUAGAAGGAAAAGAACGGUUACUAAGUGCUCCUCAGUAAACUAUACAGCCUGACUGCUGCCCAGAGAAUUGAACCCGUGAUACCUUUUUCUUCUUCAUGAGUAUUUGACUGAUGUAGUUACUUACUGUUACACUUAACUCUGAUUGGAUGUGCUGUUGACCCUGCGGUGUCACUUUAACCUGAAGUCCUGAUCCAUCAUCAGCUUCUUCCCCUCAUCUUUAUCUUCAGCUUCUAUCUGAGGAGGGUAAAAGCUGAACUUCACAUCAAUGUAAAACUCAUCUUCUCUGGCUUGUAAGAUACAAAUAUUUUCUUUAUGUAAUGUUUGUAAAGUACCGACAUAAAUUACGUAAAAACACUCAGAGCAGUGUGUAUUUAUAUAACAGCUGAGCCGUUUGUUGGAAGCGUGUUUACAUAAAAGUCAGAUGCUGUCACCAGCCUGUAACUCAAUAAAAAGGUUUUAUCUACACAA